GGACCUGUAGUGUUGUGCGACGGUAACGGGCGACUGGAGACGGAGAAAAAUAUUAUUAGAAAUUUGUAAUUAAAUAAUAAAAAGGACAAGAUGUCUCGUCGUCUGCCAAGACGCACGCGCGUUUACGACUGCAAUUACGACAAAGGCGAAAGUUACUACAGGCCAGCACUCGACAGGCUGGACAAGAAAUUCACCGGCAGACUGGACAAGCCUUUUGAAGAACGCGCCUCAUCCCUCACCAAUGCUGCCGAUGACGUUUUUAAACGUCGCCCUGCCGCUUUCGAUGACAUGGACUUCCCUAGCCGCCGAUCUGGCAACACCGCCAGGGAAGCAUUCGACGAAGCUGUCGAUAAGGCUUUCGACUACAAAGGCGGUUUGGUGUCCAGAGGACUCCGCAGACCAUUGAGUGUCUCUUUCGAUACUGACCCAGAUUUCGCUGACGAGGUCAAUUCAUCUUUGAGCAAAAUGCGUUUGGCAAAGAAAAAAAUUGGUUUCGAAGACGAUGAACCCGUUUUGAGGCCACGCACUCGAUUUACAGACUUAGAAGAUGGUGUCGAUUCUUCGGCCACCUCCUCUUCCAUGGUUGCCAGGAAGCGCGUCUUGAAGAUCUCCUCCUCUGUUGAGAACUCGAGCGACGUUGCCACAUCAGCUGGAGAAUUGAGAAGUGGCGCCAAAUGGACUGCUCUGCGCGCCUCUGAUGACGAAGGUGGCGCCGCCGCCCUUCGCGCAAAACAAUCGCGGGGCCCUCCUGGCCGACAUCGAAAGCGACUUGGCCCAAGCCGCCGAAAGGCAGGUGCACCGCGAGAAGCGCCUUGCGGGACUCCGAAAAUGAUGGCGGAGAAUCGCGAAGAGGACGCCGAAUACGAGAGACUAAUGCAGAGGGGCGAAAAGGUGCGCAGCGAGAUGGUCACAGAGGACAGAAAGAUGCUGGCGUUUAAAGGAAAGAGAGGGAUGGGGGAUGAGAGGGAUAAGGAAGG